CGCUGUGCUCCGCGCCUGCGCUCUUCGCCGAACCUUGAUUUGCUCCGGGAUUCCCAAUCGCGGGGCACAGAGCGGAGCUUGUAGAGAGCGGAGCUGUAGAGAUCGGAGCUUGUACUGCUGGCGCUGACACCGGGCGCCGUCCAGGAGGGAAUCCAAGCAAGCACGGCCGGGAUCACCCCCCCCACUGACUCGCUCACCUACCCCCUGAUAACCCCCCCUCCCCCUCCCUCGGUCAGUGGGGUCUCCAUUGUGUUCCCAUCAGGUCAAUCCGCAGCGCCGUAAGUACACAAAAUGGGUAAACAGAACAGCAAACUCGCCCCUGAGAUGAUGGAAGAUCUGGUGAAGAGCACAGAGUUUAAUGAACAUGAACUGAAACAGUGGUAUAAAGGCUUCCUGAAGGACUGCCCCAGUGGCCGGCUGAACCUGGAUGAGUUCCAGCAGCUCUAUGUAAAGUUCUUCCCAUACGGAGAUGCAUCAAAGUUUGCCCAACACGCUUUCAGAACCUUUGAUAAAAACGGAGAUGGAACCAUUGACUUCAGAGAGUUUAUAUGUGCGCUGUCCAUCACUUCAAGGGGGAGCUUUGAACAGAAACUUAAUUGGGCUUUCAAUAUGUAUGACCUGGACGGGGACGGCAAAAUCACCCGAGUGGAGAUGUUAGAGAUCAUUGAGGCAAUUUAUAAAAUGGUGGGCACUGUGAUCAUGAUGAAAAUGAACGAGGACGGCUUGACGCCCGAGCAGAGGGUAGACAAGAUUUUCAGCAAGAUGGAUAAGAACAAAGACGACCAGAUCACGCUGGAUGAGUUCAAAGAAGCCGCAAAGAGCGACCCUUCCAUCGUAUUACUGCUCCAGUGUGACAUUCAAAAAUGAGCUCGCCCCCACCGGCGCGUUUCGGACUGCACAGAAAUGUCAAUGUUCCAUUCAGUUUGCAGCUAUCUCCACAAUGAAAACCGAAAAAAAAAAUUAACAAAAAUAAUUGCUUGGACUACCUAUAAAUGGACUUGCUUCUUGUGUUUGAGACACUCGUGUGCAUGAGAAUGUCAUUUGCUAAAGAAUUUUAAAAGUAUAUAUAAUAUAUAUAUAAAUAUAUAUUAAAAAAAUGAUAAAAAAUAAGGAAAAAAAAACGACUGCCACAAUGUGAAGUGUGCAAUGUAAUUUCAUAAGUCCCUAAAGCUUGUGCAUCAGUAAUGUACUGCAUAAUAUUAUUUAUUGUUUUACUGAUGCUAGCUGUGUGUCUCCUAUGUGUUAGUGGUUAGUGAUGACACUGAUUGCCAUGGCGAUGUUACUGUUCCAACUAAUCCAUUUCACCUGCUGUAAAGUAGUUCCAGCAAGGCGGAGGGACACGAACCUCGGCUCAUGGAUCUGCCCCGUUUGCCCCCCCCCCCCUUCCCUCUUUCCACAUCUGUGCUUGUGAUGUCAGUGAAUUUAAAUGUUAAUUCAUUUGCAUGCCUCUUAGGUUUGCCUUAAUUCUUACCUCAUUUGCACCCUUGAAGAAUUCGUAAAGAAGAGCCACAAUCAAGAGAAAAACAGUAUGAACAAAUGCAAGUCCCAUGGAAACCUCCCCAAAAAAUAUGAAUUCACAGAAGCAUAUAUAUAUAUAUAGAAAGAGGAAAAUGUAUAUAUAUAUAGAAAUUUCAGCCAAGAGGAUAUAUAUGUUUAUGUAUAUAAGCAUUAUAUACAUACAUGUACCCAUACAUAAGAUGCCUAUAUGAGUAGACAAAAGCUGUUGUUUUAAAGGGAGCAAAUGCAGUAUUGACAAAUGUAUUGAUGAUGUCUGACUCAGUUUUCAAAAGAGGUUGCAAUAUAUGUCCCCAAAUAAAGAAUUUAUACCAUUUGA